GCCUCCGCACAAACAGAAAUCAUCAAAAAAUGGCUACGACGGCUGCUUCUUCACUUUGCUACACAGCUCCACUCCCCAGGACAAACCUCUUAAACCAAUUCCCAGUCUACGCCACCGGAGCGUGGCUCACACCGCGCGCGAUUCCGUCAAUUAAACUCAAAUCGAGACCCUCGUCGUCUUCAGUUGCGGCGUCUGCAGCCACCAGCGCCGUCGAAUCGGAGCCGCAAACCGCCGCCGCCUCUCCGGCGAAGGUUCUGCCCUUCCGCGUCGGGCACGGGUUCGAUCUGCACCGGCUGGAGCCAGGAUAUCCUCUCAUCAUUGGCGGUAUAAACAUUCCUCACGACCGAGGCUGCGAAGCUCACUCCGAUGGUGAUGUGUUGCUACACUGUGUGGUCGACGCGAUAUUAGGGGCACUAGGGCUUCCGGAUAUCGGACAGAUUUUUCCUGACACGGAUCCUAAAUGGAAAGGCGCAGCGUCUUCGGUUUUCAUUGAGGAAGCAGUUCGUCUAAUGCACGAGGCAGGUUAUGAGCUCGGAAAUUUAGAUGCUACGUUGAUUCUCCAAAGACCGAAGGUCAGCCCUCACAAAGAAGUUAUUAGGUCAAAUUUAUGCAAGCUGCUCGGUGCAGAUCCUUCGGUCGUAAACCUAAAAGCGAAAACUCAUGAGAAAGUUGAUAGUCUCGGGGAGAAUAGGAGUAUAGCUGCACACACAGUCGUUCUCCUUAUGAAGAAGUAGUAUACGCAUUCGGUUUUAAUUAUUCAAGUGUAAUAGUUUGUUGUAUGUACAUUAUACAAAUGGUUCUUACAGAUUCAAUCUCUUAAUACUUAGCUCUGAAAGCUGAUUAAUGAGUAUAUAUAUGCAAGCAAGAUAUAGUUAUUCAUCGUCUGUACUUCGGAGAUUGAAUUAUAUACUCGUUAUAAGUUUUUAUGUGUUCUUGUUUUCAUUGUU